AUGACUCCGCCGGAGGACGAAUCGCAAAGUACUAAGUCGCUGCGGCAGCUGGCAUUGGCGAAGACGAGGUCCCUUGCACAAGCAAAAGACGUCUCAUAUGACACGAUCUCGAAGCUUCCCUGGCCAGUCCAAAAAGAUCUCUGGGACCAGCCUUCAUGUCGAGAGCAGCAACUGGAGCGUCUAAUCGCACGACUCGCGAGCGUUCUGCCACGCACCGAUCUGGAACCUCAAUCGACAGGAGAUGUUUCAUACAACCUGAUUUCGAAUCUGCCUUUGCAGAGUCAGAAGCACGCAUGGCACCAGCGAAUCGAGCGCGAGCAGCAGCUGGAGCAGUGCCUUGCGCGUCUCGAAAGCGACGUGCCACUGAUUGAUCGCGAAGCUUUUUUCGGCAUAGAUCCCAACCAGAACUUCAUUGAUCAGCGUCCUGAUUUGUCUUCACCCGGAAGCAGCGCAGUAGCAUCCCAACAAGCUAAUCCCAGCAGCGAGUGGCAGCGCCUCAUCGACCACUUACAUUGCUCACUGAGAGCGCACGAGGGGAUUCAUGGACAGGCCGACCUUGGGAUCCAAUAUGACAGGAGGAUUCAAUACAGAUCGGCUCGUUUCGUCAAGAACAACGAAGACUCGACAUCCCGCUGGGGCUUGUGCUUUGACGAGAGCUGCAAUCACGACGAGCACUUCGCUCUGACCGAAUUGAUCUCGCCGUCUCUCUUCAGAUGCCGCCUGAGUACUUUCCUCCAAGGAUAUUCUCCAGUGCGACAGACAGAUGCUAGGGCAUUAAUUCGCUUGAUCACUUUCGGACCAUUCGGAAUCGCCAUUAAAGAGGACAGCGUGCUUUACAUGAUGAUUGGAACCUUAGACAGGAAAGAGAACCGGGUAGCAGAGUUGUGCAUCAAUGUGCUUCUGGGCCCAAUCGACGACUUGUGGGACGGCCCGAGCCUGCGCCAAUCAACUGAAGGAAUUGAAGCCCUUUCGCUGGAGUCACGGCAAAUGGCGCUCGCACGCCGAUAUGGGAAUGCUGCAAAAGCUUUGAAGAAAGAGAUGGAACGCGAGCUAGAUCGCCAACUAGAACGCGAGCUAGAACGUGAGCGACCAUGCUCCAGAAGGGCUGAGACUCGUGGGUACAAGAAAUCUUCCCGCUCAUGGCUGAGACUGUGA